GGAUCAUGUGACAACCCAAUUUGACUUCAGGAAAUACAGAAGUCUGCGGCGUCAUUUUCCUGCUGUUACAGCCACAACAAGACCCUGAAAGGCGAAACUAGAACCGAUUUAAUCAGAUAAACAAGGACAGAGAAUAUGAAUUGUUUUCUUGUUUGUUAAUUAAAGUGAAGUUAAUAAACGUGAUUUCAUCGUCUGGCUCAUCCAAAGACUCCUUCUUCACAAUGCAAAUGCUGCAGGUGACUGCACUGUGUUUGGCUGUGUUGGGCCUGAGCACCGCGUUGGUCUGUCCAGAUGGAGGCAUGUGUGCAGAGAAAAACACCUGCUGCCAGAACACUGAGGGAGGCUAUGGCUGCUGCCCACUACCAAAAGCCGAGUGUUGUUCAGACCACCUCCACUGUUGUUAUGAAGGGACCAUUUGUGAUUUGGUCCAUCGAAAAUGUGUAAAUCAAACCAUAUCCCUGCCAUGGAUAACGCGUCUUCCUACUACACAGCUGGAGGAGCCAGUGAAGGCAGUCAUUUGUCCUGACAUGAUGUCUGAAUGUCCGGAUGGCACCACCUGCUGUGAGCUUCCAGACAGCACUUGGGGCUGCUGUCCGCUGGAGAAGGCAGUCUGUUGUUCGGACAAGCAGCACUGCUGCCCAGAGGGGACACAGUGCGAUCUUGUUCACUCAAAGUGCAUCUCCUCCACAUCACAGUCCAUCCCCAUGCUCAAGAAGGUUCCUGCUAAAAAAAGACUGAAUAAUCCAGCAGAGUCUCGAGUGGGUGCAAUAACUUGUCCUGGAGGAAGAAGCAGCUGCCCAGAUGAUUACACCUGUUGCCUGCUUCCCACUGGAGACUAUGGCUGCUGUCCCUACCCAAAUGCAAUGUGCUGCAGUGAUCAUGUGCACUGUUGCCCCAGUAACACCAUCUGUGACCUGGAGAAGCAAAUGUGCCGGUCUGGAGACACACAAAUGCCACUGCUCAAGAAGAUCGCUGCCACUCCUAAUGAUGUUCAGUGUCCAGACAAAAUCUCAACUUGUCCUGAUGAGACGACGUGCUGCAAGAUGACCUCUGGGGAUUAUGGCUGCUGCCCCAUGGUUGAUGCUGUUUGCUGUAGCGACCACAUCCACUGCUGUCCUUCUGGUACAGAGUGUGAUUUGGUCCAUAGCAUGUGCAUUUCAUCUACUACCAACACAUCUAUGGUCAAUAAAAUCCCAGCUCUCAAGAAGGAACCGGCAACACUGCAAUCAGAAAUGGAGAAUGUUGCAUGUAAUGGUUCAGUGGUCUGUCAGGAUGGAAACACCUGCUGUAAAUUGCUAACUGGUGCUUGGGCCUGUUGUCCACUUGCUGAGGCUGUUUGCUGUAAGGACCACCUGCACUGCUGCCCCCACGGUACUGUGUGUAAUCUGAAAGCCUCCACAUGUGACAGUCCGAGUGGGAGUCUGGUGAUGCCCCUGUUUGGCAAAACUCCAGUAGAGGGCAACGUCAACACCAAAUGUGACAAAUCCUCAAGCUGUCCUGGGAAAGCAACUUGCUGUAAGACCACCAGUGGGGAAUGGGGCUGCUGUCCUCUGCCUGAGGCUGUUUGCUGUGACGACCACAUUCACUGCUGCCCUCAUGGGACAGUGUGUAACCUGGCUGCAGAAACGUGUGAUGAUCCCUUUAGAGUGAGACCGCCUGUGUCCUGGGUGGAGAAGGUCCCUGCUCUGACCUCAGAGGCAGAGAACGAGAAAUGUGACAAACAAACCAUGUGUCCCGGAGGCACCACCUGCUGCAAGAAGACAUCUGGACAGUGGGCCUGCUGUCCCCUACCUCAGGCUGUGUGCUGUAAUGACCAUGAGCACUGCUGCCCUAAAGGCUAUAAGUGUAACGUGGCAGAGCAGACCUGUGAUAAACCUGGAGAGGUUAGUCUGCCAUGGGUCCAGAAGAUCCCUGCUCUACUGAAGGAGACCCUCCAGACCCUGGCUCUGCCUGCUCCGGCCCGGACCAUGUGUGACCCCCACACCAGCUGCCCACGGGGCACUACCUGCUGCUUCAUGAAGAACACUCACCAGUGGGGCUGCUGCCCUGUACCAGAGGCAAUUUGCUGUGGUGAUGGAGAUCACUGUUGCCCGCACGGCCAUACCUGUGAACCGCACCGCUCCUCCUGCUCCAAAGGACCUCAUGUGAUCCCCUGGCUCACCAAACUGAGAGCCUUCAGUGAGUCCGACUCUGUGGCAGAUGUCAAGUGUGAUGACAAGAGCAGCUGUGCCUCUGGAACAACCUGCUGCAAGCUGCCCACAGGAGAAUGGGGCUGUUGUCCGCUGGUCAAGGCGGUUUGCUGUGCAGACCAUGAGCACUGCUGCCCCCAGAGCUACACGUGUAACAUGCAGACGGGCACCUGUGAGAAGGCAGGCUCUGGGACCACCUCCUUCACUGUUGCACAGCUCACAGUCAUCCCACUGAAGCAGAGGGAGAUGGAAGAAGACGAGGCCGUACCAUGUGACAGCUCAGGGAGCGUCCGCUGCUCCAAACAGGACACCUGCUGCCAGACCUCAGAUACAGAGUGGGCCUGCUGUCCCUCACCUGGGGCCGUGUGCUGCCCUGACCGGAAACACUGCUGUCCAGCGGGGUUCUCGUGUGACCUGACCUCAGGGGAGUGCCUUCAGACAAAUCAACUGACCUGGGACGCUCUCCUCCACAACAGAAGAAGAGACUUUGGCCGUCCUGAACUCUAACCACAAGUAGCACACUGGCUCUUUGUACUUAGCUUAUGGUAUGAAUCUACAGAUGUUUGACGAGAAGACUUGCUUAAGAUAUUGGCCGUUGAAUAAGUCAUUUUUUGCACUUGAGAGGUUUUUUUGGUGUUUGUUUUGAAGAUUUGGUGUUUUGUUGAAGGUGUAUUGUGUAACUUUUUUGGUGGAGGGCCCAUCGAAUGCUUUUCUCCAUGGAGAUGUUAUUGCUUUGUCUGGAAUGUUUCACAGUAUGGCAUUUCAGCCUUUCUAUCCUCAUGGAGACCAAACCAGACCAUGUUACAGGUCAGAUCUGUGAAAAAUGUAAAGAGCUGUCAUACUGUGGUAGAUUCCAGGCAGAGCAAUAACAUAUACAUAGAAACAAGUAGAUGACGGACCCCAACAAAAAAUGCACAGUGCACUUUUAACAUUAUUUGGUAGUUUUUAUCUCUUGAAUGAUAUUGGCCAUCCCCAUUAACAUUUCUUGCAUCAGAUCACACACAACAUAAAUUACAGUAAACAAGAUGCAGUUGGAGGCAAACAGAAAACAUCUUUUAUAGGAGACUGGUUUACUUGUUUUGUUUGGUACAAUAUUGUCUCCACCAAUCAGAUUUGUUUAAAAGAGAAUGUAAUUUGACACAGAUGUGAUACAGACAAGUAUAGUUAAUGUUUUUGUUGUUGUGAUGAGUGAAACUUUUUUAGUUUAUUCCUUUUUAUAAUUAAUACUAUGUAAUUUAGAUUUUUUGUUGUGAUUUCAAAUAGAUAUAGUUAGUCAUAUUCAAUUAUUUUGUCAACUAGAAUCAGGACAACUUGUGCCUUCUUAAAUCAUUCCUGCAAGAGGUACCAGUCUCCACUUUUCACAUGGAAUAUACAGAUGUGCUGUUUUUGGGAAAGAGGAUUUAAUGUUUAUUUUAACUGCAGCCAAAAGAUGUGAGCCAAAUGCAUGUUAUUGUCAUGAGAGGACAGAGGCUGGCAGUGCAGUGUUGGCAUGGCAAUGUAAACAGAGGUAUUGAGAGAAAGCUGUUUGAGAGGGCGCCAACCAAGACAGUCUUUUGUUGGAAUCCUUCAAUGACUUUGCCUUCUACCUCGGGGCUCAUACUUCAUUGUUAUAAUUAUAUUUUAGGAUAUUCUGAUUUUGUUGUGUGUUAGGUAGGGCAAAACGGAUUUUCUGUGCUACUGAACUGCAAAUUUUAAGAGCAUUAUCACUGGUGAACAGUACAAGAACUUGAAGCCCUAACUUCUCAUGAAAAAUGUUUAUUUUUUGGUAUACAAGUGCAACUUAAAGCUUAUAUUAUGGAAAAUAGUGUUAAAAAAAAAGCUCAAAUGUGCAUGGGUAAAUUAAACACUCCAAAUGUAGGAAUUUCAACCUUUAGUCUUAAUUGCUUAUCUGUCAGUUUCAGAGUGAAAAUUUUGCUAAUUUUAUAGCAAUUAAUUACUCAAAACAGAAUAUUAUGUCUUUUGAAUGAAUGGGCAUAAGCCAAGAUAUCACCUUUUAAUCCUCAAAUCCACUAUGAAGUAUCAAGAACAUUUCAUUAUAACACUAUUGUAAUCGCUACGAUAUUGUUGUUCUUCCUCCAGAAUCUAUAUAAUACAUCUAAACUUGACCUUAGUAAACAAACUACUGAAAUGUUUUUUCCACAUUAUAUUUAUUAGGUUGCACCUGUAACUGACACUAUAACCAUGCAUGUCAUUUCAGUAUGAUCAUUUUGUCACUCUUUUCAAAGAUUUUUACUCUGAAGGAGAGGACUAAAUACUUGUGAAAUAAAGUUGUUUAAAAUUA